GCGACCAGUGACCAUGGCGGCGGCGGCGGCGGCGGCGGUGCAGGGCAGGUGGGGCGCGCGGCGGCUGCGGCUCCUCCUCUCCACGCUGAAGCCCGGGAGCCACGUUCCCCUGACCGAGCCCCUGGCUGCGUUCAGCUCCUCUGUGACCUCCACCAAAGUGGCUGUGAACGGCGUCCACCUGCACUGUCUGCGGACUGGAGGCGGAGAGCACGCGGUCCUGCUGCUUCCGGGAAUGUUGGGAAGUGGAGAGACUGAUUUUGGACCUCAGAUUGAGAAGCUGAAUAAGAAGCUCUUCACGGUGGUCGCCUGGGAUCCCCGAGGGUACGGACAUUCCAGACCCCCAGAUCGAGAUUUCCCAGUAGAAUUUUUUGAAAGGGAUGCAAAAGAUGCUGUUGAUUUGAUGAAGAUGCUGAAGUUUAAGAAGGUCUCUUUGCUGGGGUGGAGUGAUGGUGGGAUAACAGCCCUCAUUGCAGCUGCAAGAUACCCAUCCUACAUCAACAAGAUGGUGAUCUGGGGGGCCAACGCCUACGUGACCGACCAGGACGAGGAGAUUUAUCGGGGUAUCCGAGACGUGUCUAAAUGGAGUGAGAGAACAAGAAAGCCUCUGGAAGCCCUCUAUGGGUUCGACUACUUUGCCAGAACCUGUGAAAAGUGGGUGGAUGGCAUAAAACAGUUUAAGCAUCUUCCAGAUGGUAACAUCUGUCGGCACCUGCUGCCCCUGGUUCAGUGCCCCACCCUAAUCGUGCACGGUGAGAAGGAUCCUCUGGUCCCGAGUUUCCAUGCCGACUUCAUACACAGGCACGUGAAGGGGUCACGGUUGCAUCUGAUGCCAGAAGGCAAGCACAACCUGCAUUUACGUUUUGCAGAUGAAUUCAACAAGUUAGUGGAAGACUUCCUACAGUGACAGUGUCCCCGAGGACAUGUGACCUGUGAAUCCUGAGCCUGGGGCUUGAGCCUGGUGCUGCCUUUGAAACCCGCCUGCGGGUCACCCCCCAGUUCACCUGCCUUCCCAGGCUCCCCCGUGCCUCCCCACAAACUGCUCCUAAUCCAACAGCAAUAAUGACAUAUUAUAAGCAUCCUCUAGCUUUCAUAGCUACAAAAAUUAAACCUGAUUUUUCAAUGUUGUUGUGAAUUUCUGACCAUUGUCUUAAAAAAUAAAUUGGUAUCAUGAUUUACUUUA